AUGUCUCUGUUGGAGGAACUUGGUGAAGAACUCUCUCUUUCACAUCCAGACCCCGUUGUCCUUGAGCUCAACAGGCUGCACAACCUACUCAAAGAGAAGAAUGGGGAAUUGAAGAAAGCUCAAAGUGAAUUCAGGGCACUGAGAGCAACUGAAGUCCUCAAGGAUAAGGCCAUGGAACAGUUCAGGAGCCAAGUGAAAAGAUUGGAAGAAAAGCUCAGCAUCACUGAAAAUCUUCUUGAACAAAAGAAUCUUGGUAUCAAGAAACUUGCUGACGAGAAGAGAGAAGCAUUGACUGCACAACAUGCGGCAGAGGCAGCUCUUAGAAGUGUGUACGCAAAUCAAAAGGAUGAUGAUUAUGUUCCUAUUGAAUCAAUUAUAGCUCCUCUUGAUGCAGAACUUAAGAUGUAUAAGAAUGAGAUUGGAGCACUGCAGGAGGAUAAGAGGGCGAUGGAACGUCUCACCAAGUCGAAGGAAGCAGCCUUGCUUGAAGCUGAGAAGAUACUGAAGAGUGCUCUUGAAAGGGUACUUAUAGUAGAGGAGGUUCAAAAUGAAAACUUCGAGCUCAGGAGACAAAUUGAGAUCUGUCAGGAGGAGAAUAAAAUACUUGACAAGACUAAUAGGCAAAAAGUUUCAGAGAUUGAAAAGCUUAGCCAAACUAUUAUCAAGCUCGAGGAGGCCAUACUUGCUGGUGGAACAGCAGCCAACACUGUCCGUGAUUACAGACGACAGAUUGAUGAACUAAAUGAGGAGAAGAAGAUAUUGGAGAGGGAACUUGCAAGAGUCAAGGUUUCAGCAAACCGAAUAGCAACAGUUGUUGCUAAUGAGUGGAAGGAUGAAAACAACAGAGUUAUGCCUGUCAAGAAAUGGCUAGAAGAGAGAAAAAUGUUUCAGGCCAAGAUACAAUGGUUAAAAGAAAAACUAGCUAUCUCAGAAAGAGCAACCAAGGCAGAAGCACAACUAAAGGAUAAGUUGAAAUUAAGGCUGAAGAUACUGGAAGAAGGCUUAAAGCAUGUGUCUAGUUUCUCAGUGAAUUCUAAUGGAUCCCCGAAAAUUGAGAAGUCAAAUAAUUUAUUUGGAAUCCUAGCAAGUAAUACUAGAGCAAACAAAAGAUCUACAUCACAGCUAAGAUUGUCCACUGCUACUAAAAGCUUAAUGCAGACAGGUGAUGAAAGGCAAAGUCCAGGUGCUGCCAGAGAAACAAAGGCAGAUAAUAGUUUAAACAAGAAAUACUCUUCUGGAGGAAGUUUCUUGAAAAAGAGUUUGUGGGCUUCUCGAAAUAAGAUCAUGGAUUGCAGUGAAAAAGAGAAUGAAGAAAUAAACGAAAACACUAAGAUCAGCAUUGAAAAGUGUAGAAGUGAUGAACUCAGAGACUUGGAGAACAUUAAAAGUAUGGACAGUACCAAAAAGGAUAGUGAUGAUAUGGUCUCGGGAUUUUUGUACGACAGGCUUCAGAAAGAGGUCAUAUAUUUGAGAAAGUCUUGCAAAUCGAGAGACAGUACUUUAAAUUCUAAAAAUGAAGAAAUCAAGAUUCUUAUGAAGAAGACUAAAAUGCUAACAGGAGCAUUAGAAAAGCACAUCAAUAAGGAUCGCGGAUGCCUUUUAAUGAUCCAUUUGAAGAAAAGAGGUCCAAAUUAUCCAGAAAUCACUCCAGUCAUUAAACGAGUUCUCAAUAUUUCUACAUGUUCAGAAGCAGAGAAUUUGACAGUUGUUUAA